AUGACAGACGAGGAAAAGCAAGCAAUCGAGAUAAUACUAAACCACCAGCUAGAAGUGCCAAUCCCGCCAAGGUUCGUGAUCCAGAUCAUGGACGCAAGGGAACUGGCGGUUUUCACAGACCUCUUCAUGGCAAUUGAGUACCCCGCUGAAUUAAAGAAGAACAUAUCAAGGGCAGAAAUCAACGCGGACACAAGAGUGGUCACAGUGACCUUCAAAGGGAAACAUACCGCCAUGAAAUGGGUCGGAUGGACACCGCCGGAGCGUAUAAAGGCCAUCCAACAAAACCACUCGAAGAGAGGGAAAGGAAGCAGAGACUACGUCAGCAGAGAGCGUCCGGUCACCAUUGAGCAACUACUGGAGCAAGUAUCAGGACGGAAGCCCAGAUCCAAUGCGAAAAAAGAGGAACAGUGGAGGGAGAACGGAAAAGACAGCUCAAAAGAGAAUAAGAGGCCGACUUUACCAACAGAAUGGGAGCCAGCAAGGAGCACAUCGGGAGAUCCAGGAGAGAGCAGCAGAAAGGAAGAUAAAACUUUGGAAGCUAGCUGCGACUUUGACGAGGGAAUGGAGGACGCUGCAAUGAGCGAACAUGAAAACUCCGAAACAGGACCAGCAUACAGCUACGGUUACCCCAGUAUGACGCGAACCAGCACGACUCACGACCCACAAGUGAAAGCACACGAAACAGAAAACGCAGUGCAAGAGGUGACGAAGGAACAGACAGGAUACCAGGGCUCGGACACACGCAAAGAGGGUCGAGAACCGAGGCAGAAAGCUUCCUCUCCCAAAAGACAAUUGUCCGAAAACUGGAAGCUCCAUGGGGACAACAAGGGAGACCAAACCAGUAAAGCAGCAAAAAAGAUCAAGAGUGAAGAAACAGAAAACAAGCGGUUGAAGCAAGACACAAAUCAGACGGAGACGAACAACCAGCAGGAGAAAAAACAAAUCCAACAAUACAUUCACAAAUACGUAACCACGCAGACAACCUCGGUAACGGAAGCUCGUGUCUCGUCGACUCAAGCGGAAAUCUCCGACGAAAGCGAGGCGCUGGAAAAGGAAGGUUUCCACGUAACAGGAACGAAACAAGGGGAUGAUUUCGCGAACGUGGCAGACGAGUUCAAGGUACACAAAGAGGAAUGCGAGGCAGCGCUCGCAGCAGCCGGGAAAGGAGUUACCAAGCAAGCUGCAGACACAGCGAAGCUGUGCGCAUUGGCUAACCACUACGCGGAUCAACGGAACAGAUCAGUCAAAGCGUCCGUGCCAAUGAAUUACUGGGUGAGACCGAAACUCAUAAAAGCAAUGGCGAUGCACGCCCGAGAAAUGGUGUUUGUCCUGGAUGUAUUACAGGAGGAGACAGUAACGCUGCAGGCAUACGGAUACAAAGAAAUGGAGAUGCCAGACAAGACGGCGAUCGAGCCGGGAACGGUGGUAACAUUGCCGUCGCACGUCGGAGCGGACAUUCUGAGAGAACUUACAGCAGCAGGAACACUGCCUAUCAUCAUGGUGCUGCACUACAGCAACGCAGGCAAUCACUACCAGGCGGUCACAGCAGACAAAGACGCCAAGGCUAAAGGACAAGAGUCGAAGAAUGAGAAUACCAGAGCAGACGAAGGAAACACAACACAACAAGUUGGAGAGGAAGAGAAGCAAAAAAAGCCCAGCGGUAGCUGCUACGAAUGGAUGCACCAAGACCUCGCUACAGCUGACGCAGAAGUGCACAAGAAACAGGAAAUAGCGACAAUCACGGUGGGCGAGGCAAGCAAGUCGACAACAACAGCAAUCCGCAACGCACCGACGGCACACUAUCCACCCAGCGUUACAGCAGCAACCGCAACGAAGGUGCCAAGAAACAAGGAAGGGAUCGCAUAUCAAGAUGCCAAGAUAGCACACGGGUCAGUGCAACCACCCAAGGAGACAAAUGAUGGAAGGAAAAACUAA